UGCUUUUAACAACAUGAAAAAUUAAAUCAUAAACUUAAACAUGAGUUUGUUGAAUAAUCCAGAAUUUAAGGCCAAAUACGAUAAGUGUAAGAAAAUUAUUAAAGUAUGGGAAACAAAAUUUAAGGCGAAAAAUGGUCGUAUACCAUCGAAGUUGGAUAUAAGGGAAGCAGAUCAAUUAGUUAAAAAUGCUUACAAACGAUAUUUUCAAUUAAAAACGGAAGCAUUAAAGCAUUCACUUGGAGAUAUAACAGAGGAGACACAAUUAUUUUUUGAUAAUUCUACCUUGAAUUUUGACGAUUCGAUAAAUGAACAAAGUACGGAAACUUUUAAUGAUUCAUCUACGAACGAUGUUUUUGAACAUAACGAAAAUGCAUGGGGUUCACAUUUGGCGAAACCGAAAGAAACUACAAAACAAAUUGAAGAAAAAAAAUCAAAGCUCACACGAAAACUAUCUGAAAAAAUUUUUACUGGCUCGAAAUUUGCAAAGAAAAAUCCACGAAAAUCAUUUACAAAUAAAUCAAAAAGUUUAGACUUAUCAUCUAAUUCACAAACGUCUGAGACUCUUUCACAAUCUUCUUUGGAUAAGCCAGAAACAAACGCAGAAAAUUUAAAUUCGACGAAACCGAUAAAUUUCUUACAAAUUGCCGAAAAUUCUGAUUUGAAACCAAAGAAAAGUUUAAAUAGGGAUUGGUUAGAUCGAGUCAGUCAACAAAAUAAUAUCGAAACUGAUAAUUUUGAAUGUAUUACUGAUUUUAAAGAACCUUCUGAAACAAAAUCUGUGUAUGGAUUAUCGAAUUUUCAUUCAUUGAAUUUAUCAAAAAUUGUCGAAGCCAAAUCUGUAACUGCGGAUCGUGAUUUAACUGAAAAAUCUACGGAUUAUACAAUACCUGAAAUAUCUACAAAUGCUCCUGAAGUAGAAAAUAUUUGUUCCGAAAAUGAAGAUAUUGUUGCAAACAGUGAUCCAGAAAAUGAAAUUAUUAAACUUGUUUCACAUAUUAAGAAGAAGCGACGAAUUCUUACAGCAUCGACGAGGAACAAUAUUUCGAUUAUUCCGAAAAAGAAAAAAGAAAUAAUGAAAAAACCAGUGAAACAUAUUGAAAAAGAUGAAGUAAAACCACGUAAAACUUAUACACGAAAAGUUAAAACCCAUGCAAUGUCUCAGACGAAUGAAAUUAUCAAUAAUUUAAUGUCGGAUGAUAUCGAAGAUCCAUAUGCUGCUGACUCAGACGGUGAUCCCGAUUUUGAUAUAAAUUCGAGCGUAAAAAACACGUCAUCAAAUCUAGAAGAAGCAAUUCUAUCACAACAGAAUAGCCCAAACACAUUACCAACUGUUAAAAAAGGAAGAAAAAUCAAAUCUGUUCAAAAAAGUCCCAAAGAAUCAAAAUCAAAAAAACUAAAGGAACCUAGCAAUCAAAAUCGUGGUAAGAAAAGGAAAAAAGAUGAAACUGAAACUGAAGAAGCAGAUGCAAAAUCUGAUUCAGAAUUAGGCCCAAUAAACAUUAAAGAAAUGUAUCGGUGUAAAGUACCAGAAACAGUUCCAAGAUUUCAAUCGUUGAAGAAAAUUAAAUUAACAAAAUCCACUUCACCGAAAAUGGAUGUAGAAGAAUCUGAGACGUGUAGUAAAAUAAGUACAGACAAUUUUAUUCGUUUAAAUUUAAGAAAAAAAGUCUUUGUACGCGGUAAAAAGACUAUGACAUUUGCAAAGCAUCAAAAAAGUAAAUGGAAAGCAAAGAAGAAAGCUUUAGCAUUAGCUGGACCAGAUAUGGAUAUGGGGGGAUGCGAUGGUGGUCAAUUGAAAUGUUUUACAUGUGGUGGAAUCGGGCAUUUUUCACGACAAUGCAAAGCUUUAAAAGGUGAACAAUUGUUACCAUUAGAAGCAGAUAAGGGAGAAGUUUGUCCGUUUCCAACACUUGAAGAAGCUUAUCAAAAUGCAACACAAUCAAAAUUAUCAAUACACGUUACUAGGACACAAAAUCGUUUAGAUGCAGACAAUUUAGAAAAUUCAGAAGUAGAUAAUUACGAUAAUGUUUUCGAAGAUGAGCCAAUUGACAUGGCUAAAGUCGAUGAAUUAAUAAGCUUUGUAGAAUCAUCGAAAAAUGAAACAGAAAACUUAGUAUCUGAAACUACUGAAAACGACAAUCCAUUUAUAGUAAAACCUCUUUAUAAUCGACUCUCUGAUGGUAGUUUAAUAGACACACCUGGUGAAGUUUACGAAUCCUUAAAUCAAUUUGGUUUUACAACAUUCAGGCAAGGACAAGAGAAAGCAAUAAUGCGUAUUCUUUCAGGUCUGUCAACUUUAGUCACGUUGAGUACAGGGUCUGGAAAAAGUUUGUGUUAUCAGUUACCUGCAUAUUUAUAUGGUAAAUAUCGUUCACCGUCCAUAGCUCUGGUUAUAUCCCCUCUAAUUUCAUUAAUGGAUGAUCAAGUUUCCCAAUCGGAACGGACUGCAUGUUUGCAUGCUGGCAUGUCAAAAGUAGCGCGAAAAAAAACCUUGGAUUCAUUAAAAAGUGGAUGCUAUGAUUCAUUACUAAUAUCACCCGAAGCCAUUGUUGGAAGUUUGGAUUCUUUAAUACGAAGAUUACCGCCUAUAUCAUUUGCCUGCAUCGAUGAAGUGCAUUGUGUAUCACAAUGGAGUUACAAUUUUCGACCGAGCUAUCUAACAAUAUGCCGUGUACUUCGAGAACGGCUUGGUGUUAAAACUCUUUUAGGUUUAACAGCAACUGCCCCAUUAACAACUCAGCAAAGUAUAUUGUCACAUCUAGGAAUUCCAGAAAAUGAUACAGAGAGUGUUGUGGGUGCAACACCGCUUCCAGAAAAUUUAACGCUAACUGUUUCGAAAGAUGGACGACGUGAUGCAGCUCUGGUGGCAAUUUUAAAAUCAGAACGAUUGAAAGAUUACAAAUCAAUUAUUGUAUAUUGUACACGACGAAAUGAUUGUGAACGAUUAGCUGGAAUUCUAAGAACAUGUUUUCAGGAUCAAGUUGCCACGGUUAAAAAAAAUCGUAGAGGAAUUAAUUACAGUGUCGAGGCUUAUCAUGCUGGGUUGUCACAAAGUCGUCGUCGAACUAUACAAAAUGCAUUUAUGAAGGGUGAUUUGAAAAUUGUGAUCGCUACCGUUGCUUUUGGAAUGGGAAUAAAUAAAUCAGAUAUACGAGCUGUGAUUCAUUAUAACAUGCCACGAAGUUUUGAAAGCUAUGUCCAGGAAGUAGGUCGAGCCGGCCGUGAUGGAUUACCUGCUCAUUGUCAUCUAUUCUUGGAUUCACAGGGUAAUGAUCAAUGUGAAUUACGACGGCAUAUCUUUUCUGAUUCACUAGAUCGUCAUGUCAUUCGUAAAUUAUUAGAAAAAGUGUUCAUUCCAUGUGAAUGUAAAUCGCGUGGAAUUCUUUGUCCUAAACAUGAAGUUGCUUUUUCUAUUGAAGAUACUGUACGAUUAAUGGAUGUUCCAGAAGAAAAUAUAGCAACUUUGUUAUGCUAUUUAGAAUUACAUGAAAGUUCAUUUGUCCAGGUUUUAAGUUCUGCAUAUACAUGGUGCAAAGUUACUUCAUAUGGGGGGCCUAAAGCUAUAAAUGAAGCUGCUCAAAAUUGUGCACCUUUGGCUAUGGCAAUUGCAAUGGAAGUAAAAAAAGGAACGAAAUUUGAAAAUUUAAAUACGAUUGAAUUCCCUGUUAUAGAAGUUGCAUCGGCUAUUGGAUGGGAAAGUGGAAUGGUCAAACAUUAUUUGAAAAAUUUAGAAUGGACUACAGUAAAUGGGCAGCCAAAACGAUCAACCAUUUCCGUGGAAUUAUCCAACUUAGGUUUUCGUGUUCGUGCUGCCGGUGACUUAAGUUCAAAUGAUUUAGACAUGGCUUUGGAUUAUCUACAUAAUCGCGUUCAACAACAAGAGAAAACUGCAUUAAUUCAACUUCAAAAAUGUUUUGAUGCUUUCUCUAGUGUCGCAACAAAUAGUUUUAUGAUAUCUGAUGAAGAAGCUUUGGAAUACAGUGACAAAAUUAAACAAAUAAUUUUUAAUUAUUUCCAAUCUACAGACUUUAUCGAGGAAAAUUAUAUUUUAAGGACAGGAGAAAUCAAUGAGUCACAUAUUAGCCAAGAUGUGCGAGCCAUGAUCUCAAUGUAUCGUGAUAAUAAUUUCACUGCACGUGCAAUUGCCAGGAUAUUUCAUGGUAUACAAAGUCCAAAUUAUCCAGCAGUGAUUUGGGGUCGUUGUAAAUAUUGGCGUGCACAUUUAAAAUCCGAUUUUAAUGCAAUUUGUAAAAUUGCUACCCAAGAGAUUAUUCGAAUGCGCUGAUAAAUAUGUUUGUUAUGAAAAAGUUUUUUGGUGUUUGUAAGUAGUAAAAUUUUUUCGUUUUCUUUUUGCUUUAAAAUUUUAUCCAGUGAUACACACUUAAAAAGUGAUGUUUUUUAAAUAGAAAAUAAGAUCGCAGUAAGAUUUAUAGCCUGGUUAACAUGUAUUCGAUAUUUAUAAAAGUGUUAUCACAAUUUGGAUCUCAGUUCACUUAAAAAUUUCCUGUUAUUCUACGCCUUUGAUUACCAGGUUAAUAUAUCGAAAUUCGAGUAAAAAUUUAUAAACAAGGGAGUGGAAAACUGUAAUCAACGUAACUAUAAAUGAUGCAAGUUAUUUAUCAUAUUUUUACUAAAUAUAUUAUUUAUAAUUUGCUAUUUACUAAUGAAAAUCUAUAUCUCAGUGAUUAAUUACGCCGAGAGACAUAAAAAAUCCCUGACACGGCACUGAAUAUAAUUUUUUUGUUACUAAUUAAAUCCGGGUUUGUAUGAUUUGGAAAAUUUUUGUAUUUACAUAAAACUUAGACUUCAUCCCACAGUACCUGAUUCGAAAUAUUUGAAAAUAGGAUACAUGUUGACCCGGUUUUAGAUAUAUAGUCCGAAAUAUGUGAUAAUGAUUACUUUUAUCAGAAGCAAUAGGCUAUGAUUAGUUUAGAGCCACUUUAAUGACAUAAUCCUAAGGCAUCACAAUGACAGUUCUUGUUUUAUCAAUUUUCAUUUAAGAGAGAUUUCCCUCCCUUUACGUCUUUCGAAUAAUCUUUACAUUAUACAAUCAGGGUUGCGUUUAGCUAACAUUAUAACUCUGGUUAAAAAAUCAAAUUAAUUUAGAAUUGAAUCCCGAUUGAAAGCUUAGAAUUUUUCCUUUUGUAGUGAUAAUUUGAAUGAAUUUCAAUCGGAUAUGAUUUUACUUCUAAAACGUAAAAAAUUUUAUUUUUUAACCAGAAAAAUCAGAUCACAUUAUAUAUAAUAACACCGUGCGACACGAUUUUGGUGCCCAGAAUACAAAUAGCUGUUUUCUAGGAAAUUUAACCUGCUGAACACAAAAAUCUCAACGAAAUUUUUCUGUUACGUUACGUUUCUGGGUAAAGUUCAGUUUUUUUACUUUAUGAGUAAGGUUCCCUGUAGUCAAAUUUUAGGGGUUAGGUAAUUACGAAAUAAAAAUUAAUCACUUCGUAAUGUAAUUUCCGACUUUCGUACCUCAGCUUUGACAAUCAGAAUAAAGGCUUGAUCCAAAAAUCAGCUCACGGUAGAAUUUAAAAAGGUCGGAAAGCUUUACCCGAUAAGUACCUACCGUAACCGAGUUAAUUACAUAAGCUUUGAUACGCCAAUCCCAAUAUAAGUGUUUAUUGUCAGAUUGAACCCUUGAUCCAAAAAACAGCUCAUAAUCCAAUUUAAGGAAGUAAAAACUCUUAAUAUUUGAGUACGUGACUUACUGCCUAAAUAAGGAAACCUGAUUAUCCAAAUUUCCCAGUUACCCACCUUCGUUUUGACAUACCAAGCACAGUAUAAGUUUUCAUGUUCAGAAUGAACUGAAAAGAACUGAAAAUCAGCUCAUGAAACAAUUUUGGGAAGCCAAAAAUUUUUACAUUUUGAAAAUCUACAAUACAAUGAAAAUAGUUUUGACGUUGCACCUUAAAAACUCGUUAGAAAAAUUUGAUCGCUAUUAUCGUGAUCAGCAAGUUCAGUUUGAAUGAAAUUUGAAUGGAAAAUAGCCAUUUAGAUCACGGGUUCUCCAAUUCUAAUUUUUCGCACGGUGUAAUUAAUAUACAUGUAUAAAUUUUUACAAUCUUCUGAUAAAAGUAACCAAUAUGAGUAAUUUUUAUUAUGGUUUGUUAAAAAUAAG